UGAAAUGACGUCAUGAUUGUUUUUAUCUAUACUGUGGACAGUCAACAUAUCUUGAAGUGUAAACAUCGAUCGAAAGUUCUAAGGUACAAUUUUCACAUUUAUUGGAGUUAAUUUGCUCUUAAACAUUAAUCAUGACCAGACACCCUAAAUGGUUGUAAAAGGCUACCACCUAGUACCAACCAGUGCAGUGUUUGAUGGUAACACAAACAAUCACCGGCAGUGGCAACAUUCUUCACCACUACUCAACUCACUUUCUUGGUUGGAGGUGUUGAUGAUCAUCCAUUAUCAUAUAUCUAUGUUCAGGCCAGUGCGGCAACAAUCAACAAUGCUAUAAAUAAUACUACUACUACUUGGCCUAGUUAGUAGUUGUAGUAAAAUAAUAAUAGACAGUAGUUAACAGUAACUUUUAAUAAUAUUAAUAUUAAUAUCUCAAUCUGCUGGAACUCUCUGUUACUCUUCCAAAAUCACAUCAUUUCAUGUUCAUGGCAAGCAAGGCCUUGCCUUAGCAAGUUCAUGAUUUUUUGUUGUUAUGACUAAUCAUUUAUUGAGAUGUGGGCAAAAUAGGUGGUAGACAUUCCUUAAAAGAUUUAUUAUAGUGUAAUAUGGUAUACAUGACAUAAUUAAUAAUAAUAAUAAUAACGCAUGAGGCAUGCGACGCAUGCCUUGCCAUUUAUCAGUUUUGGCAGAUUGCAUUUCUGUUUCACUGUUUGCUAAACACAGAAGAGUUCUCCCCUGUGUGAUCAAUGUGGACAAUAUCAAUAUUGUCUUAAAAUCGAUACCCCAUGUUUAAAAUUUAAUUAAUUAGUAUUAAUAUGCAAUUCAUCUUGUUUGAUUUAAAUUUAGUUGGAAAUAGAAGAGAAUGGAAGAAGAUGGGGUAAAUGUUGGGUCGGAGUGCCACUCAUUUCCCAUAGCUGCCAUCUUGGUUACCAUGACACCCCUGGGACAUGGCAACCAAGUUGGUGGCCAUCCAUGAAAAAGAUUUUUAAAAUGCCAACAUGGGGGGGGGGGGGGGGAAAGGUGUUGGGGGGGGGGGGGGGGGAGAAUGUGUUUUUUUUUUCUACUUACCGAGAAAAAAGAAAAUAUGAACAAAAUGUUAAAAUUUAAUGAAAUAAUUUCAGCCAGUACAUUAAUUUCGUGGCGAACCAAGCACCUUUAUUGUAUCCCACUAGAUAUGCGGCAAGAAGUGUCAAAGACCUUUCCAGUCGUAAUUUCAGCCAGUACAUUAAUUUUGUGGCCAACAUAGCAACUUUAUUGUAUCCCUCUAGAUAUGUGACAGGAAAUGUCAACGAUCUGUGGUUGCUCCCUUCUAUCCAUCCCUGUGGCGCUAUAACCCAUGUAGGCCUUUGGCCUGCCUCACCACAUCCUUCUACUCAGACCUGAUAAUUUUUUUUUCUAUGCUAAAAGUGUGGUUUCUAAUUUUAAUUACUACUAAGUCAAAUACAUUCCUUUCCAAAGGUGUCCUCAAAAGAAAAUAAGUAAUACUUACACAACACAUUAUCCAAAGAAUUCUACAACAUAUUAUAUAUUCCACUGUUGUAUGACAGUUAUUGGUACAUCAGCUCAAAAGACUCUAAUCAAUAUCAAACUUUUGCUUGAGCUCAAUGAACCAAAAAUGAGGAUAAAUUAUGUAUGUAGGGCAUUGAGGUCUGCACUAAAACGUUCAUAACUUUCAAUGAGCUUUAUUCAACGGUAUUUAAUUUAUAAUUUUGGAAAUAAUAAGGAAAUUUCACCAAAGUAACUAGUAUCAUAUUUUCAAGCAAAAUAUUAUAUUUUUAACUAUUUAUUGGCCUUUCAAAGUACAUAUUUUACACUGUUUUAUUAUUUUAUUGAGGUAUGACUAUUACAUGAGGCUCUUUCCAAACCAUGAUAAAUUUACAGAUAAAGAACUGUUUGUUAAAGUAAAGAAACUCGUAUGAUUGUUGACCCAUGGUGGUUUCCCCCUGCCUUGGCAAUAAUAAUAUUGUCUACCACCUAGCCAUUACAUCAAGACAUAAAUAAAUAUAAAUUUCACAUUUAGAAAUAUAGCAUUUAAUCUUUUGAUUUACUAGUACUAAAUUGUAACUUUGAAUUUCAAGCAAAAAUAAAUAAGAAUCACAAUUUUUAUUUUCGUAUGUAUAUUUUUAUAGAUAGCAAUAGAAACGAUAAAAUCUUUUCUUAAUAUUUAGUGAGGCUUGUGGCAUUAUAAUCUAUUUUUUCCCUCUUAAAUCUCUUCAGGUUUAGCAAUGGGUGAUAUUGUUAAAAAUGGCUACAUAAAAAGAUACAGCAGUAAGUAGAUAUGAUAUAUCUGCAUUUAAUUUUAGGGAUGUUUCUUAAUAAAUAGAUAUUAUUUAAUAUAUAUUAAUAGUUAAUAAAUAGAUUUUAUUUAAUAGAUAUUAAUAAAUAGAUAUUAAUAAAUCAAGUUGGUUUUAAUUAUUUUACAAACCAUGUGAAAUAACUCACUGAAGUUGUGUUACAUAGAGAAUGUUUACAAUAUACUGAGCAUUGGGUAAGCCAUAUUCAAACUGAGCAUUUGGUGCAGGAGCAUGACUCAGGCACAAAUUUAAGAUAAAAAUCCUCAAGAUACUUGUGUUUGGAUAGAUAUCCCAUGUAGAUGUUUACAUUGUUGAAUAAGUUAAAAUUUGGGUGCAGAACUUUAGUGGAUAUGUGGUUGUUACAUUUAUAAUAAAACACCAUAAAGAGAAAAUAUUGUAUGAGCACAAUUUUUAAAAAAGUGUCCACUAUGUUAACUAUGUUCCACUAUGUUCAAUAUGGUAGUCUCUAUUUAUUUGGUAUUGUAGUCCUCAUACUUUAUCACUUAAGCUUUUUUACAAAAUCUUACUUUACAGCAAAGAUGAUAUUCUCCUGUGUUUUUCAGCUAUACAAAUUUAUAACACUUUUUUUAUUUAUUGAAUGUUUGUCAUAUUUAAACAAUUUCAACUUUAUUGUCAAGUCAUAUUAAAAUGAUCUAAUUUUUUUUUUCAAGUCAUAUAAAAAUAUCUAUUUUAGUUUAAAAUCUAUAUUUAAUAAAAACUAUUUUAAUUUUAAAUUAUGAUUUAAGAAAUAAAUUGUUCUGCGUAUUUUAGAGAUAGGUAUAUUUAUUUUAUUAUUACAAUGGAUUAAUUUUAUUAGUAACAGUGACAAACCAAUCCCGUCAGCCCAUAAACAGUUGGCUGAAAUGCAUGUGCCCUUAUACGUUGGUCACGGAUUCGAACAAUUUUAAUUAGCAGCCAAGCAUAAGCAAGGAUUUGUGUCAGAACUUUUUAAAUUUCCUGAUUUAUUUUGCCAUUAUUUGUACCCAGUGACCAGUAAUAUGUCCCUUAACCAUGCAACUUUGCUAAUCUAUUUCAAACACAUGGACAUGCAAAGAGAUUAUGAGAUUGUUAUAAAAUAAUCAUUUUAUUAACUUUUUCAGAGAGUAUUUUGAGUGGUGGUUGGCAUAAAUCAUUUUUGGAGCUCCACAGAGACUCAACUUUAAAUGUUUAUAAAAAACAGGGCGACUCAAAGUGUCAGGGCUCCAUCUUUAUGAAGGUAUUAAUUCUAUUCUUUUUGUUGUAGCACGACAGGUUCUAAAAUAUAAAGCAGUUUUUAAGUUAACAGCAACCCAUUGAUAAACAAUACAAAAUUCAUGUUUGUUGCAGAAUGUUGAAACACUCACUAGAAGUGAAGUUCUUCAUAAAUUUAUAAGAUGACCAUCCAUUACUUUUUUCUAACUUCGUGCCAUUAUUAUUAUUAUUUGCAAUUUCAACCUGAAAAUGUUACUUCCUGUAGAUUUAAAUUGAAAAAAUUAUAUUUGAAUGCAAAUAUUUUCUUAAAUUAAAUCUUUUGUAAGCAUAAUAUGAGUUUGUCUGUAGAAGAUAAUAAUAAUAAUAAAGGAGAAAAAAAAAUUACAAAGCAAAAAAAACAAAAACAAACCAAAAUUGUUUUUUCCCCCCAGUCUAGCUCAUCGGCUUUUUUAUUGUAAUGUUUUAUAACUUUCACCCUGCUAGGAGCUAUUACUAUGAAACUAUAUUAAUUAAAAGAGGGAAAGAAACAGCCAUGUUUAAAAGAUACCUAAGAGUCAUUAAAAUAAAAAUUUUAUUUAAAAAAAACAGAUUUGAUUGUAAAUAUAUUCUUUAACUAGGAUGUCUGCAAAUACUUUGCCUAUGGUGAAUUUACAGCCGGCAUGCCAGACAGACCAGAUCUCCCACCAGGGGCUUCAUAUGAGUGGCUCUUGGGCAUCCCGCAGAAACCAAGCAGCAAAGCAAAGAUACAUUGGUUUCUCUUCUCCAGUGCAAAUGAACUGAAGUAGGUAACUUAUAAAAGAUCUCCAGAUUAAAAAACAAAAGCUGUCAUGUCUUCAGUGAGACUAAUAAUAAUUUUUGAAAAUUAUAAAAAAAAAACAAAACAUUUUAAGGUUUUCUUUGACUAUUAAAAAAAUGAGCUAUGUCUCAUAAUUUCAGGGCUCUGAUGGAAUUGAACUAUCUUUGAGGGCCAUGAAACAUUAGAUAGUCUUAAAUGUCUGUAUAUCAAAAAUUUGCGAAUAUACUUCACUACGGGGAUGGGGGCCCUUUUUUGAUUGAUUUUACAAAAUGGGUCUAUUUGUGUGCAUAUUGUCUCCAUUUAAAUUGACUAAGUGAUAGACCAUAAAAGGAAACAACUAACUACGGUAGGAUUUUUACUUAUAUUCCUCAGGUCCUGGUUCUUAAUUUAACAGGCAAACUAAAAUCGGAAAUCAAUACCAAGUUUUUGUUUUUACCAUUUAAAGAUCUUCUGCUACUGCGCUUAAAAACUUAUAUAUAAAUAUUUGUGUUGGGUGCACAUCAUUCACAAAAAUAAAAUCCUGCGUGUUCAAAUGCUGUGCAUAAAGCAACAACUUGAAUUUAGAAUGACUAUGAACAUCAGUGACGUCAUGUGUCUUAAGAAUUUUCUCCUAAUGGAUUUUCCUGUCUAGCCAUGCAUGAUUCUUCUGACUCCCUUUUGCAAUCUAACCCCUGAGAAAACCUCCUGGUGGGUAACCCUGGGUGAUUUUUUAGAAUGUUAACUUUUUUCUAGGUAUCAUUACAGUAUGGCAAUCCUAAUAACACUAUAUCUCCACACAUAUCGCCAAAGCAAAAAAUUGUUUAUACUGGGAGGUCUUGUUCACUCCACAUAUAUGCAAGCCAAAGCAAAACAUUGUUUAUACUGGGAGAUCUUGUUCACCCCACAUAUAUGCAAACCAAAGCAAAAUAUUAUUUAUACUGAGAGAUCUUGGAGCAAUACAUGGCAAAAUUCUAAAAUGCCAAUAUCUUGAAAAAGUUACGUUACAAUCAAAUUUUAACAUAUUUUUCAUUUUUUAAAUUAAUAUCAUAAUUUGUUAUUAAGAUAUUUUACAUGCAUAAAAUAUUCUGUAAAAGCAGGACACAAAUAUUACUAAAUUUUUUGUGUGAAUUGUUUUAAUGAAUUGUCUACAUUGUGUAGGGACAAUGUAAAGAUUGAAAAAAAAACAACAUUCACAUUCACCAUGCUAUAGCCCUAUAAGUCUACCAAGUAAGAUGCAGUUUUUUGUCAUUUAUUAUUAUUUUUUCAGUCUUUGGCAUGCCAUUGAAAAUCACCAUGCGUGCAAAUAGGUUUCCGACCCCUAUUUUUAGAUACAAAUUCACUAAAACUUUUCUAUGAUUUUACAUUGCAGUGAAUGGAUGAAAGCCAUUUGUAGCGUUGUGAGUAUUCAUAAGCUAUAGUUUAUUUGCAUUUGUCUUAGCACUUAAAAAUCUUUUUAUAGGAUUUAUUACAAAAGACCAGCGUUUCCCAAACUUUGUUUGUCCCAUGCCCCACCCGAGCACCUAAAAAGUUUUAAUGUCCCCCUUUUGAAAUGUUAAUACAUUGCCCUCUGCAGAAAAAGCACUAAAUAUCGCCCCCCACACUCAUAAUCUUCAAAUAGCCCACCUUGUGGGGUAUAGACCCCAAAUUGGGAAACACUGCAUAAGGCACUCAAAUUUAAAUUGAGAAAUAAAACUAAAACUAGAAAUAAUUUUGUAAAAACCACUGCCAAUAUGAGUUCCUUCAAAAUUCUACUUUGAAUUAUUAUCUUUCCAUUUAAAUGUGUUAAUGUAAUAUUUUUUUCUUUGUUUUCAGCUGCCACCACCGCCACAAAAAGAUCCUAACAUUCAACAUCAGCCUCAGCUCCAGGCUCAUCAUCAACCUCAGGUUUCUAGUUCAGUCCAACCUCCUGUCAGCGGUCCACCACUUGGAUUUGAAAAUCUGACAUGUAUGUUUUUGUUGCCUUGUAACAGUAAUGGUGUUUCUUUAGUACAGUUCUUCCUGCUUGGAUCAGAUUUGUUUAUAUAAUUUAAGGUAGCGCUCCUUACUUGGGUCAGGCUCUUGAAACCUCCAGUGCUGUGUUUUGCUGGUAAACUAGGAAAGCCUAACUGCAAAAUCAAUAGAAAGCUAAUUUUAGGGUUUUCUGUACCUCCAGAAAUAAUUUCCAUAAGAAUUAAUAGCCUCAAAUUGUGAACGGGAACCAAUCAAAGAAGGGAAAAUGAGUCAGUAAAAAUUAUUUCUUAGUUAGGUCUGUAAUAUCAAAUUUUUAGAUAUAAAAAACUUUAUCAUACUUUAUGCAAGUUCCUGUAGAUUGUUCCGCUUGUUCAUACUUAGAAAAGUUUUUAAAAAUAAAGAUUUUUGUGAAUGUAAAAUUGUGUCUGGUCUUUGUCUGAGAGCAGAACAUUAGAGUCUAUGUCUUUAUGGCUCUCAAAAUUUUAAAGACAUUUCCAACUAACAGUAGGUGCUGCUCCUCCUUACCCUCAAGCACCAGGGACCUUUCCAACACCUCAAGGCCCUGUUUACCCUCAACAACCAUACUUUCCACCAGCAGCUCAAGGAGCCCACGGGCCGCCUCCACCACAAGGUAAUAAUAAUAUUAAAGUUUUAAUGCCCAAGGCCAAAUUUUUUGUUUUGGGAUGCCCUAGGGGAAUGAAACUAUUUUUUGUGUGUGUUUGAAUGGAGAUUUAACAUACUCUUAAAGCCUUCAUCAGACUGGCCAAAGUAUGGCUUGGAGAUGUCUUCUAAAAUAAUAUAUGUAAAUCUUGUAAUUUACAAAAAAAAUGAAUUCAUAUAACUUUUGUCAGAAAUGUACUUUUUUGAUGUUGUGCCAGCCAAUUGUCAUGUAACCAAUGACAGUCUUGGUCCUGAAAAAAAAAAAAUCAUUAGUUGCUAUCAAGUCUGUUUAAAUGUUUCUAGAGUUUAUUAUCUUUUUAAAAAAAAUUGUUUUCCAUGAAAACUAUGGAAACAUUUCACUAGUGCUAACCAUAAUGGAAUAUUAGACAUUGCGGUUACUGGUAUGUUGUAUGCCAGUAAUACACCUUAUAUACUUCAUAUGCAAAACAAAUUAAUUAAAAAAUAUGGUACAUUUACUUAAACCAAAUUCACAAUUUUACAUAGCCACAAUGUCUUUUUCCUGGUUGUUUUUUAUAUUGUACUUCCAUCCAAUUUCUUUCUUUUCUUCCGAGCUUUCUUUUUGUAAGGGACUUGUGCCCAUUCUCAUUCUUUUCUUUGAUUUUUUAGGUAUAUGGAGGAUAUAUAUAUAUAGUUAUAUACUGUAAAUUUAAUUGAUAAUUAAUGUGUGUUUGUUGUACUGAUGAGGACAAUGGCUGAAAUGUUUGAAUUUUUAUUUUGUAUAAUCAUAAUUAAAGCUUAACAUAUAUUGUUUUAUUUACAAAAUUGUUGGUGUCUCAAUUUACUCUAGAAGAAAAUUUAGUGCUCAGCUUAGUGCUGGGGUACAUUUAAAUCUAAUUAACUUUGGCGGUUCUUAGAUUUAACUUUUCCAUGUAGUUAAUGUUUCAAGACACAGCAAGAAAAAGCAUAGCCACCAGCAUAAUGCAGAUCCAUAAUGAAUGAUAUGUACAAUAACUUAAAAUAGAUGUAUUUAAAUUUAGAGAAAACAAAAUUUAAAGUCUUAGUGGGUAAGCUAGUCAGGGUGUUGUUUUUACAAUCCUCAUGUUAAAAGAUGUUCAGAAAAGCUUUGCAGUGAAAAACUAAGUUUUUUGUUUAAUUCCAAUAGGUUACUAUCCACAGCAAGGGUACUAUCCUCAACCAUCUCCUAAUCCAGGUAAGAAAUAAAUACAUAGCAAACGAUCACAUGUGGCCAUUAAUAAACAUUGAAAUAAUUUUUCCCAUGAGUGCAAAGACGUACAUUUUUUAAACAUUUUGAAGACUCAAUCUUAAUUAUUCUAAUUUUGUCACAAAGCAAAAUAUUGCAUUACUUUAUCAUUUUAUGAUUAAGUUAUUGCAUUGAAGUAUAAUAUGAUUUGAUGUAUUGAUUCUUACAUCCCACCAGGCUAUCCCCAACAACAGAACUAUCAGCAACCUCCUGGUAAGUAACUGAUAUUAAAUUUGAACCUUUUGUAAUUUCAAUUAGGAAGAAAACUUAUCUGAAGGCCAUGUUGUAGAAAGUUACAAAAUUUAAUGUCAUAAAAAAAUAGGAAUUCCUAACUGCUCAUAAGAAACUGUAUAUCAGUGGUUACGCUCCUAAUCAAGGAACACAUUUCUCAGCUUUGGUGGAAUUGAGGGUUGAGUAAUGAAAUUUUAUUGGUUAAAUAUUUAAUUGUUUGAUGAUUUCACCACUAUUGCCGCCCUGUUUUAUUCCACAUUUUUUUUCUUUGAUCAUCACAACAAUUUACAGUGUUCACUUGGUUCUUGUUGAUGAUCUGCCUGAAAACAAUUAGGGAAAUACAAAACCAAUGAAAAUUGAGUCAAUUAUUUCCAUAUGAAUCAAUGUAAAUCCAAUUAAUUUGUUACAAAAUACAUACCAAAAAUAUAUUUUAAAAAUACUAAAUUUAGUGUUAAAUACUUGAAAAAAUAAAUAAAUAAAUUUAAAAUAAGUAAAAUGAAUAUAAAAGACUAAUGUAUAUAGAAUAAAAAAUGACUAAAAAUAUUUGACAAGGAAAAAAAGAACUCAUUAGUGUCAUUAUUGUACAUGUUUAUCCCAAGAGGACUGAUGACAUUAAGCACUUAACACUGGUUGAUGCAUAAACAAGGAUUACUUCCAAUUCUUUCCCUAUUAAAGGUAUAUACCAUGUAAUGCAAAUUGCAAUCACAUUCCAAAAAAAAAAUUAAAAAAAAAAUGUUUACUAGGUGUAAAAAAAAAAUGACCUUGUCUUUUGAGCUUUUCUGAUUACUGUUACUUUUUUUUUAGUGUAUAACUGACAGACGGACAUUAAAGAUACUUUGCAUAACGAUUGUAAAUUUUUCUUCUUUUUUUCAUUUUUAUUUUGUUUUUUUUGGUAUGAUUCUGUUGAUUUUCUGUUGCAUAUUUUUGUUUUUCAUCUGUUCAAUCAUCAAGUGCGAUCACCCUACGGAUAUCCUAUGGCACCCAAUCAGUACAUCCCACCAGGUAUACACGCAGGAGCUACCCUUGCAUUUGCUUAGACAUUAUGAGAUCUCGCUUUAUGUUUAUUUCUAACUCAUUCAGUUUGUUAGAAACUGUUGCUUUUAUAUUAGAAUGCCAGGCAUAAUAUUUUUUGUCCAGUCUGAGUUUAGAAGCUUUGCACAUUGACUGACUAUUUAUAGUGGGCUUAUCUUAAAGUGAAGUUUACAACAAACUCUGUGAGACCGUGAGGCCUUUGUGGGAAUCAAGUGUCCACAGAACAGCAUUUGAAAACAGAUGAAUUAAGAGUUUUUUAUGAAUCUCGGAUGAAAUUAUUACAACUGAUUGCCAUGUGUGUUUUUUCGAGGAAAUGAUAGAAACUGAUUUGAUGUAUUAUGCCAAAACCUUCAAGUAACACCAAACUCAAUCACUAUGGAAUAACUGUUAUAAAUUUGACUAAAUAUUCAUGUAAAAUUUUUACUGGAGCAUUGAAUUUGCAGACUUGGUUUAUGUAUAUACUUACAAUUUUUUGUUUUGUUUUCAAAGGUUGUAGAGCGAGUAUCCCGCACAAAAAUUUUGUUCUGGUUCUAACAAUGGACUAAAAAAAGAAGAGUUUAAAAAUAAUGUCACAAAUAUUCUAAAGACAGAAUGUAAAUAUUUGUAUAGAAUAGUCACAAAAUUUUUUUUUAAAUGUAAAUUUUUUCAGUACUAAUGUUAAUAGUAGUGAACUCUCAAAUUAAAUACCAAGCCAUUGAUUUUUCUUUCAGUCAUCUCUCAGGGGGUGGGAGUACUACCCCCAGAGCAAGUCAAGUGACCCCAUCCCGGGGAAAAAUGUGUUAAAUAAAUAAUGCAAAUUUAUAAUUUAAAAAAAAAAAAACAAGGAAAUUUAAAGAGAAGUAUAUGGUUCCUUUCGAUAAAAAUUAGUGAAAUAAUGGGACCAAUGAAACUCUAACACCCAAUAUUUUUGCCUAUUAUUCACCUUAGGCCUAUAUAUUUUAUUAUCUUUUACAACACUGCACCCCCAUUUUAAAAUUACAAUAUGCAGAAAAUUGCAUCCUUUACAUGGACAAUAUGAAAUUUAACUACCGGUACUAAAAGCCUAUAUGAAAAUAUUUUGAUCUAGUUAUUGUAUCAAACAUUGGUCAUUUGUGUUCAAUUUCUGUCUCUUCACCAAAUGAGAUCAAUUUUUAAUGUAGGGCAGGUUUUUAACUGCUUAAUGUCAUCAACUUUUAAAAUGUAGUUGUCACCAGUAGUAUAAUUCUUCGACAUUCAUAUAAAAUAUAUAAAAAUUGAAUUAGACCUUUUCUACAAACUAGUACUUUUUCUCUUUGUGACUUUGUGCAUCUGGUAAGAGUUGCACAUAUUUGGGAAGGAUAAUUAUUAUAUUUGCCUUUAUGUGUGAUGUUUUAAAAACAUUGCAUUUAUUUAUGAUGUAGUUUAACAAAAUAAAUAGUUUAAAUAAAAAUGUAACAUUAACAUUACUAUUUAGUAGCAACUUAAAAUAUAGUAUUUGUAAGAAUACAACAAGAUCAUGUGACGCAUAAAUUUUGAUGCUCUCCAAUUGAUUAUAGAUUGGUCCAAAUUUAAAUUCAAUUAUCUACACAAAUACAAUAGAACCUGGUUAUUUCAAUGGCCUCGGGGUUUGCCAAAAAGUGGCAAGAUAACCGAUGAUCGAGAUAAAUAAAGACCAAUAUGGGGGCAAUAUAUUAACAUGUGCUUGAAAUUUUGUUAUAAAUACAAUGUGCGUUUAUAUAUGAGAUUUACAUGCACGUGUCUUUGGAGUUUUUUUUUUUACACAACAGCGUUAUCGCAAUUUGUUUGAUGAAGCGAUCGGCAUGCUAUAAAAAUGUACAUGCAUGUUUGCUAACAACACAAGGCACAUGUGUGGUGCCACUUUUCCGGAUCGAGAUAACUGAGGUUAAGUGGCAAUUUUGGCUGCCUUUUGUGCUCGAGAUAUCAGGGCUCUGCAUCUUGUUUAGGUCCCCUGUUCUUAUAUUCUUUACUAAGAUCUGAUCACUGGAACUGGAUAUGAUGGUGAAGGCUGCAGAUCACAGUUCUAACAAAAUUUGUACCCAGUGCCCACCAUCAAAGUAAAUCAAUGAAAUUGCUAAAUUUUUCAUGACAGACUUGCAUCGCUACAAUAGUUUGAAAAUAAUUUUACUUAAUGCCACAAUUGCAUUAAAAAAAAUAUUUAAACUCAAACUGUGAUGCCAUUGUUGUAAUGACAACUUCUGGCAACUUAAGGGGUGUAAUUCGUUUCCCCCAAUAACUACCCAAGGAGCUGAAAUUUCAAUAAUUCUGUAAAAUUUAGAAUUUUUUUUUUAAUGAACGAAAGAUGAUUGUCAAUGUAGGUUAAUAAACACACCCAGUCCUGAUUCAUGACCAAGUUUUAUACUGGGAGGAAGUAAAAAUGGGAUAGCCAUAAAUCAAAUGCAUGUUUUAAUGUAAUUUAAAUAAUAUUAAGAUAAGAUAAGAUUCUUUUAUUGAUCCAAAUAAAUGGAAAAGUUUUUUCAUUGCAUUAUACAUUUUCAGCUAAAAAAUAAAACAAUUUGAACACAAGACAUUUAUUAUAAAUUAUUUCAAACAGCCAUUCAGUGAGUGCUCUUAGCAAAAUCGGCGACUUAUUAGAUCUUAUUCAGAUGUGUGACUUCAGAGGAAGCAUUCCGGUAAAUUCGUACAGAUUGGGGAACAAAAGAAUUUUUAUAUCUGUCAGUCUUCGCCCUGAUAGAAAGAAUUCGUCCCGAACGGCCCGAUCCUAAGUAUCUGUGAUGAAGAGGGUGGGAUGUAUCAUCCAAAAUGUGUUUAGUUUUACAAAAACAUCUUUCUUCAAAUAGUUCUUCAAGUAAAGGAUGUUUAGUUUGUGUUAUGUUCCUAGCUUUCUUGAUUAGUUGGUUUAUGCGGUGUUUAAUAUCAGAAGUUGAAUUCCCACACAAAUUAUAUUUGUAUGAGAAUAAUAAUAAUUAAAGUUGACCUGCCUGUAUCCCAGGUGUAGCCAGCACUUGAAGCCUGCUGCAUUUCACAUUUCUUUUGAUUAACUCGGUGUUGGUGAAAGACUAACUCAUGCUCACUAACCACUGCAUUAAAUUAUCUGCCACAGUUAAUGUAUUGUUACUUGGUAUAAUAAAUGGUAAUAUUUUAUUUAAUUGACAAAUGGAAAAGUUGUUAAUCCAGUGCACUCUGCUCAGUCAUAAUGUUGAAUGAAUCACAAAAAUUUUCAUCUAUUAGUAGCACCAGAAAAGAAUAUGAACUUAUAAGUUGUCCGCUGAAAAUGGAUUCUCAAGAAAAACUGGAAUGGGGUUUUCAAUAAUUCCAUUUAAACUAUCAUGAUCUCUGAUGCUAAUAUCUUAUGUUUCGGAAAGUUUGAUUUUCUUUUAUUACUUUUAUUACACUCUGUGUUGUAUUUAUUUUCAAACAGCAUUGGUUUGAGCAUUCUGAAGUCUGUGUCAAUCAGUGCAGAGAUCGCUCUUUGUUCUCUCUACUGAAUGUCUUAGAGUCACUUCACUAAACUUUAAUUUUUUUUUCUGCUGCCUUCAGGAGGUUACCAUCAGCCACAACAAGGAUAUGGCUACCAGCCCCAAGCUGUGUACCAACAGCAGCCAGUGGUUUAUCAGCAGCACAGAAAGAAGGGAGGAAUUUUGGGUAGCAAUACUGGAAAAAUGGUGGCAGGUGAGUUUUAAACAAGUAUUCACAAAACUCAAUGUUUAAAAAUAAUGUUCACAUUGUCUUAAAUUAAUUAAAUGUGUACCACUGAUCUAAUCAUCUGAUGGUUUCACUGCACACAAAUGAAUAGAUUGGAUUAAAUAAAACUGGCUGUAAUAUUCUUACAUAUACUUUAGUUUUUUACAACUCUUAGACCGCCUUAAAUAAGUUAAAUUUAAUCUGCCUGGGCUCUUUCAUUAUUUAAAAACUACUUCUUCUAUAUAUUAAGGGCCCACGAUCAAUGUAUUGAUCAGAACUAUCAAAUUCAGAAUCUUUAUCAUCAUUCUUUCUUCCCUCAUUCACUUCCCCACCAUAAUUCCUAUUUCAGGUAUGCCUUAAUCAUUUCCUUUAUUUAAACAUAUUCUUUUAUGAUGGAUCUCCUCUAUUAUUUAAAUGUAACUUAAGUUACAUAGUUUCUGUUGUCAAUAAAUACAGCUCUAUGUAUAUAAAAUUUGUUUGAAAAGGUGUCGCAGGAGGAGCACUGCUUGGGUAUGGAGCUUCACGGAUGCUAGGAGGAGGCUGGGGAUUAGGACGAUGGGGCAGCUGGAGUUCUCUGAGCUCCAUGGGGAGCUUUGGCAGCUGCGGAAGUUUUGGCAGUUUCGGAAGUUUUGAUUGAGUUGCUGUGAUACUUUUUUUAUAUCUGGCCUUUUGAUGUGUCGAGUAAAGAGAAACUGUUGUUCAUUAGUAAACUGUUACUCUUAUUCAUGUUUAAUGUUGAUGGAUUUAAUUGUAAUUAAAUGUAUGUUAAAAUAUGCAUAAUCCAUACACUGACAGGAGCCCCAAGUAACUAAUGUUUAAUGAUGGAACAGUUUAGAUAACAAUCAAAUGAAAUAAGGGUUCAAGCCAUAAAAUAAAGAUUUUCUUACAAGGACAUUUGUUAGCAAUUAAUUGACUUAUGGGAAAAUAUAUAAUUAAAUCAGCAUUCUGUACUUAUAUAUUUUGAAUCAUUUUCAAAAUAAAAUCAAUAAUUAUUUUUGUUUUGGAAAUACAAUUAGAAAUGUAAAUAUAUAAGGUAAGGUAAUAUUCUUAUUGAUCAAUAAAUGGAAAUGUUUUUUGAUCAUAUUGUUUGUGCUUUUUCUUUUUUAGCACAAAAUAAAUACAUAUUUUAACCAAGACUACAUUUUACAAUUAUAACAAUUUGAACACAAGACUCUAAAGUAUUUCUCUAACAUAGAAAUCAGCCAUCAGUUAACUCCUAUAUUUACAAUAAUGACUUAAUAAGUGAUUGUUUAGAUUUGGUAACGGAAUGGAGAGCAUGCUGGUAAAUUUGUACGGACUAUGGAACAAAAUAAUUUUUAUAUCUUUCAGUCCUAACUUCUAAAAGAUAGAUUUCACCCUGAUCUAGCUGAUCUUAGGUAUUUGUGAUGAAGAGAUUUUGAUGUAUCAUCCAAAUUUUUAAACAGUUUUACAACAGCAUUUCUCUUCAAAUAGUUCUUCAUGUGAAUUUUGUUUAGUUUGAGUGGAUAUUACUAACUUUCUUUAUCAGUCUAUUUAGUGGGUGUUUGAUGUCAUAUGAUGGAUUCACACACCAGCAGGUAAUGAUGAAGUUUAGUAUUGUUCCAAGUGUUGGACCGUAGAAUAAGUUAAUAAAUUGUUAGUUUACACUGAAAUUGUACAAUGUUUUUAGACAGAAAAGUCUUUGGUUGACUAUUUUUUAUACAGAAUUUGGCUGUGUUCGUGCCAUGUCAAACUUAUUAUUAAUGGUGCUGGGUGGUAGAAUGGUUUAAACUGAGGCAAUGCCAAGCUUGUGGACUAGAGUUCAUUCCUCAGCCUAGAAAAUCAAAAAAGGCAAACUCUGAAAUUAAACCCGGAGAUGGGGUCCCGUAAGUGCUAUGAUGUUGACACGGUUAAAUUCUGACAACUCCUGCAAUGUGGAAUGCAAAAGAGCCUAGUGAGACUCAAGAAACACUGCUGGUCAUCCACUGCAUCCUGGUCUAGUCAUCUUGAUUUUAAGUCCAGCCAUUGGAACAACUAGGCACGGAUGAGAGAGUGAGGCUGAUGAAUUGAGUAACUCUCCCUUACUUUAAAACAAAAUACAGCUCAAGUCAAGGCUGCUACUCAAGUCAAGUCUACUACUCAAGUCAAAGCCUUGGUCAUCUUCGCACUUAAAGUACAAACAUUAAAAAAAAAUAAUGGUGACACUAAGUCUCAUUACUGUGAAUAUUUAUUGAGAAAUCUGUGAUUGGGAGAUUUUCCCUUCUGGAAAUGGACUAUAAUUUCUUUAGUUUUUGAGACAUUCAAGUGAAGAAAAUUGUCAUCGCACCAACUGAUAAAGCUUGUAUCUAAGUUGCGGUAAAAGCUUUCCCCUUCACAUAUUAAGCCAAUGAUGGUGAUAUCAUCAGCAAAUUUAAUGAUUGGAACAGACUUGCUUGGUAUAUGUUGUAUAGAGGACAGGGGUGAACGCAAUCUUGUGGAGUUCCGUUACGUAUUUCUUUAGUUAAUGAUAUUUGUUCAUUCACCUUGACAUAUUGUGGCCGAUUUGUUAAAAAGUUCAGUAUCCACGCUUGAAUAUUUGAAUUUAAACCUAACGAAGUAAGCUUUUGAAUCAUUAGAUGUGGUUGGAUAUCGUUACAUGUUUAUGUAAAUUGAUUUCCAAUCUCACAGACUAAACCUAAAAUUCAAAUUGCUUACUCCCCAAGAUGGGAAAUACUUCUUUAAUUAUUUGUUGUAAUUUUUAAAUAUAAAAAAAAAAAAAACUUAAAUGAUUGUUUGCAGGGUUUAUUAUAUUAGUAAGCAUUUAAAAUUGAAAUUUCAGCUUUUAUAACAAAUGCCAGAAUCUAACAUAUUGAAGAACAACUAUUAUCUCCACAUUGCUUUGUAUUAAUAACUGUUUGAAUAGCUUAUGAUAGUAUUAGAUGAUUCAAAUUUUUUUUUAUUUCAAUUAUUGAUAGAAUUCAAAUUCAAGUUUGUUUUUUCUUGAAUAACUUGUCAUUUCAUCAUUGCAUUAAUCUGUACAUCUUUAUGUUUGCUUGAUUCUUUUUCAAGCCAACACAUUAUUUUACUCCUUAUGGUCUACUUGUCUUGUGUUGCCCAAAAGUAAAAAAAAAUGGCAAACAAUGGCUUUGCAUAAAAGGGGAUAAAAUUGAUGAAUAAAUAAGUCUUAAUAAAUUAUAAAAAGGUCUAAAUUUUGGAAUGUUGUGAAAGUUUUAUAAAGGUGAUAAACCCAAAAGUGCACCUGUUAUACAGAAACUGAUCACUAGAGUUGGAACCAAUUUUUUACAACAUGGACUUUUGUUUUACAUUUGUUGUGAAUUAUUUUGAUUCUAAAUUUGUAAUGUUCUGGCCAUUAAUGUACUAUUCUGACUCAGUCCUGUAAAGUAUUAUUACACAAGUCCCAAUAAGGAUGAGCUCAUCAAAUUGACAACAGAAUAUAUUUUAUUGAUCUUUUUUGUAUGAGUUUAUGUUUGUUUAAAUCUUAUCUAGCCUCUUGAUUAAGAUUAGUAAGAACUAUCGUCAUGAUUUAUUUCACAUAAGCAAUAAGUCCCCUAAUGGUUACACCUCCUUUGUUUCCUUGGAGUCAUAGCUUAUUAUUGUAAUAGCUGUUAUUUAUUUGUUUUAUCCCAUUUUUCUUGUUAGGAAAUUAGUCUUUUUAGAGCAUUUAAUAUGUUCCAAAAUAUGUAUUUUUAAAGUUUUCUUCAUGUUGUGAUAAUUUAUUGAAAAUUGUAUUCUUAAAGAUCUGAAGAGACACCCAUAUAUAUAUAUAUAUAUGGCCCUUUCUAUUACUUUAAACCAUACCUCUGAUAAAUUAUGUUAAACAAUUAAUUAUUGACUGGAAGUAAGUUGAGAAAAACAGAAAUGUUUUAACCUUUCAGAAACAGAGAGCAACAUUGGGAUCUUCAAACACACAUUUUUAAUUUCUAAUUAUUUGUUAUUUCUUGUUGUGUCUUGUUUGCUGAAGAAGGCAUUUAGCUGAAACUAUUUUUCACUAUUUAUUUAUAUUUUCCAAAUAUAUAUUCAUAUUGGUGCCAGAUUUCAUAAAUAUGCCUAGUCUUGAAACAUUUUUUUUUUUUUUUACUAUACCUCGUUCAGUCAUGGUUCAUUUAUUUUUUAUUUGCAAUAAUUAUAUUUUAAUAUCAUUUGUCCAAUUUUAAAUUGAAUAGGUCCUAUACUUUGGAUGUAGAUAUUUUCUUGCUAUGCUUGAACUUGAAUGUAAAUGUAUUUUUUUAUUAAAUUAAUGUAGACAAGACGUCAGCAUCCAUACCAAAACUGUGUUUUUAUUUAAUCAAACAUUUAUCACUGCUUAACUUUAUUUUUCAUCUAACACCUGUAUUCAUGUUUACACUUUUAUAAGUGAAAAAUGAGUUAAUCAAGUUCAAGCUUAUGUGUGUCAAAAAAUAAUUAAUUUGAAAAGGUGUGUAAUUUAAAAAAAGAAUUCUUAAUAAAUAAAUCUAUGCAGUUAAGCAAAUCAACUCUGACAUUAAAAAUAAACAAAGGAUUGCAGUAAGCUAAUUUAAAAAGCAAUUUAUCAAUUCUGAAGGAUCUCCUUUUUUUUUUAAAAAAACAGGAGUUUUUUCAUACAGGAGUGAAUUCAUACCACACAUAAUUCAAUCUUGUAUUGGUGUAAUGAACUGCAUGGUGUAAAGGUUUGAUAAACUUGUCAUUAUUUCCUAAGGUCUAAAUAAACUCUACUGGCAACUAUAUGGAUGGUUUUUGUGAUUGUUGCUACAGCAUUGUUGGAUCUACAGAGGAUUGACAUUAAAGAAGGGCUGUGGAGAUAAGUUGUUAAAUUUUUAAAACUGAAGUCAGAUAGUAAUUAAUACUCAACAUUUUUACAUAUUAUAUUUUGCUUUUAUUUUAUCACAUUCACCUUCAUUUUAGUAUUAUGUAAAUAUUUAUUCAAUAAAUGUAAUCCCUAGU